AUGCAGCAGCUGACGCCAUCAACUGGCUGGCGAUUGAUCGGUUAUCGGGGUGGUGGGGGGGGGGGGGGUGGGGGGGGGGGGGGGGGGGGGGGGGAGGGGGGGGGGGGGGGGGGGGGUAAUGUGAGGAAGGGGGGGGGGGGGGGGGGGGGUUGGGGUCCAGGGG